GUCAUCAGUAAAGGAAAACCACGCGUCGAACCACGGUUAGAACCUGAGAUUCCGUCAUGUCCGUUCACGUGGCAGACAUGAAAAAGCAGCCCCUGCUUCCAUCCCGCUUUCGGAACCGGAAAUCUCCUCGUAAUUAGUAAUUACACCACCUCCUCUCUCUCUCUCUCUCACACACACACACACACGCACAUCUCAUAAUUCCAUUAAUUACACGCGAAUUUCCUCUCUUUCUUCUCAUCGCUCGUUGCUUAAUUCAAAGCAACGACGGCGACGAUCGGAGAUGCUCCGAGCUCCGCAUUUCCUCGAACCCAGCGCCGCUAAGUUCCCUUUCCACGCGCCGCCUUUCUCAACACACACUGACGCUGCUGCUACUGGUGGCGCUUCUUCAUGUACCGCCUCUUAUCGUUGCCUUGCUGUCGGAUUGAAGUUGAGUAAACGAGCAUUGGCUUGUAAUCGUCAAGAUCGGUUCAGAAAGUCAGGGGAUCGUGUGAAGCAUAGGAUUAUGGCUAAUGCUUAUGGCCUCUGCGCUCAGGAAGGUGCACUUCAGGACGAAGCUGUGUCGGAGAGCAGCCCAUCAUGGAGAACUUUUCCGGGUCAGGAUUUUCCACUGGGUGUAUCAGAAGUUGAUAGCGGCAUUAAUUUUGCUAUCUUUUCGCGACACGCAACUGCGGUCACUCUUUGCUUAUCACUCCCUGAGAGGACGGAUGGUGGAAUGGUGGAGCUUGCUUUGGAUCCUAAGGUGAAUAAAACAGGAGACGUCUGGCACAUAUGUAUAAAGGAUUUACCUCGGAGUAACGUUCACUAUGGCUAUCGCAUUGAUGGCCCACAAGGUCGGCAUCAAGGUCAUUGUUUUGACAGUAGCAUUGUGCUUAUAGAUCCUUAUGCAAAGCUAGUUGACGGUCGUAGAUACUUUGGGGAUGCCAGCGAAAAGCUCUCUAAAUUUCUUGGAACUUAUGAUUUUGACAACUUACCUUUUGAUUGGGGAGAGAAUUACAAGUUUCCAAAUAUACCUGAGAAAGAUCUUGUUAUCUAUGAAAUGAAUGUCCGUGCAUUUACAGCCGAUGAAUCCAGUGAGUUGGAUCCAGAUAUACGUGGCAGCUACCUUGGUGUGAUUGAGAAGAUUCCACAUCUUUUAGAGCUUGGGGUCAAUGCGGUAGAGUUGCUACCUAUUUUUGAAUUUGAUGAGCUGGAGUUUCAAAGGCGUCCAAACCCUAGAGAUCACAUGAUCAAUACGUGGGGGUACUCAACAGUAAACUUCUUUGCUCCUAUGAGUCGUUAUUCUAGUUCUGGUGGAGGUCCCCUUAAAGCUUCCCAAGAAUUUAAAGAAAUGGUUAAAGCCUUUCAUGGUGCUGGAAUAGAGGUCAUUUUGGAUGUUGUCUACAACCAUACCAAUGAGGGUGAUGAUGUCUAUCCUUAUACAACCUCAUUUCGUGGCAUCGAUAAUAAGGUUUAUUACAUGCUCCAAGAGAACAAUGGCCAGUUUCUGAACUUCUCUGGCUGUGGUAACACACUAAACUGUAAUCAUCCCGUGGUAAUGGAGCUUAUACUGGACAGCUUAAGACACUGGGUAGUCGAAUAUCAUGUGGAUGGCUUUCGAUUUGACCUUGCUAGUGUUCUUUGUCGGGGAACAGAUGGUGCUCCACUUAAUGCACCCCCACUUAUUAAGGCUAUUGCUAAAGAUGCCAUCCUAUCAAGAUGUAAAAUUAUUGCAGAACCUUGGGAUUGCGGAGGCCUUUAUCUUGUUGGAAGUUUUCCAAACUGGGACAGGUGGGCUGAGUGGAAUGGGAAAUUCCGUGAUGAUGUGAGAAAAUUUAUAAAGGGUGACUGCGGUAUGAAGGGAAGUUUUGCAACUCGCGUUGCUGGAUCUGCUGAUCUUUAUAAAGUAAAUAAGCGCAAACCUUACCACAGUGUUAAUUUUGUGAUUGCUCAUGAUGGUUUCAUGCUUUAUGAUCUUGUCUCGUAUAACUUCAAGCACAAUGAUGCCAAUGGAGAAGGUGGUAAUGAUGGAUGCAAUGACAAUUUCAGCUGGAAUUGUGGUUUUGAAGGAGAAACCAAUGAUAGUUCCAUUAAAGCCCUACGUUCACGGCAAAUGAAAAAUUUCCAUCUGGCCUUGAUGAUAUCUCAGGGAACACCAAUGAUGCUUAUGGGGGAUGAAUAUGCACAUACUCGCUAUGGAAAUAACAAUAGUUAUGGUCAUGAUACCGCUCUUAACCAUUUCCAGUGGGGACUGUUAGAAGCACGGCGGAGUAAUCACUUCAGGUUCUUCCAGAAGGUGAUAAAAUUUCGACGAACACGUCGUGUAUUCAGUCGCGAGACUUUUCUCAGCAAAAAUGAUGUGACAUGGCAUGAAGAUAACUGGAACAACCAUGACAGCAACUUUCUGGCAUUUACGCUCCACGACAGUAGUGGAGAGGACAUUUAUUUGGCAUUCAACGCUCAUGCCUUUUUUGUCAAGGUCUCUGUACCUCCGCCGCCAGCGAAGAGGAGAUGGUUUCGCGUGGUGGACACUAAUCUCGAGUCCCCAGAUGACUUUGUCAUUGAAGGAGUACCUGGCACUGGGAAAACCUAUAACGUGGCUCCCUACUCGUCGAUUCUCCUAGAAGCCAAAACAUGACACAGAGUUAAAUUCAGAAGCUGCGUGCUGAUGAACACCAAGUGAUUUGCAUGUUCAUAUAUGUCGUAUACGGAACCAGUUAAAGUAUCAAUUUCAAGUGGGUUCUGGCUAUGAAAUUCUGAUAGAUGGAUCAAAGAGAGUAUUUAUUAUGCGGUCUCAUUUAUUAUUAUGCACGGCAUCAACCUUGUUAUAUUAUUGACACUUUUAUUUUCUGAGCAAAAGGCUCUCAUCAAUAAUAAAUAUAUCGGCAAGCAAUAAAUUUCUGAGCUUAUUGUAUUGGUCAUAAAUGUUCUCAAGGUUUGUUAUGCUAUCGCAUUAUUAAUGAGCAUUACAGUGUACAGAUCUGCUAGUCCUUUUCAGCCAUUUAUCAUAAACUCUCUUUACCGAUUAGCAGCUUUGGGGACACGACGUACUUGAAAAAGAGAGCUGAUUGUUUGUGGAUGAGGACCACCGACUGAACUUACAACAAGAAACACGUUUCAUUUUGUUAUGUUCCGCCUUUGUACUCGAGAAUAUUUGAGACCAGACGGCAAUACUUUGUUACUCUGCAGAUAAUGCGAGUGGCACUUGGAAUAACCUUGCUGAUGUUGUCGUUUGGUGAUUUACGGCUCUUAAAAAUGUUUGUGUGAUAUUUAAGAACUCUACAGAUGAAAAGGUGAACGAGAGAAAGAGUUCAUAAUGUUACGUUCUGGAGUUUAAUUAAUUAUCCUAAUUCAGCUGCUUUAAUUUUUGUUAUAAAAAGGGUGACGUCGUAUAUGAAGAAACAGAGAAAGUUGAAAGGUGUAAUUUUCUUAUAACUUCUUGAUCAUAGUAAAAAAAAUUCCAAAAUGGCAGAAACAGGACGUAACAUUAAU